GAUCCUGGAGAGCGCGACGCGCAUCAAGAUGUUCUUCGACCCCACUGGCAGCCCGCGGCUGACGACGAACUCUAGGGGCAAGACGCGCCGACCAGGCACGAAGGACCUGACCAGUGUCUUGCGCUGCUCAGAGACGAAGUUCGUCGACUUCCUGCAGGGCUGCCUGUCGUGGGACCCAAAGGACCGCUUCACGCCGCAGGACGCCCUGGACCAGGAGUGGAUCCUGGAGGGCUACGCCCGGCACCCCGCCCGCGACCCCGCGGGGCGCAGCGGCCAGCCAGAGGCCUCGCCCCCCUCGUCGUCCUCGAGGAAGCGGAUGACGGCGGGCACGUCGCGUUCGACGGGCGGCCACGGC